GUGUGCUGUAGGAGGAUCUGUCUCAAGACCGACACCCGGAGCAUCAAUGAGCGAAAAGACAGAACGAUGUGGAUCCUCUCGGCGUAUAAAAUGAAGAUCAUUUUGGUGACAUUUUCUUCUUUUUAUCGCUAAAACUGUGGAUUUAUUUUUGCACACGAAGCGAGGACUAUAGCGCCGAUCCAGUGUGUGAGAUCUGCCUGCCAUUUAUGCUAAUUUAACAGACCGUAAUCAAAGGCAAUACAGCCACGAGCAUGUUAUCGUUUUGUACUCAUUGCAAGCUUGUGAUUGUAUAUGUUUUCAGGUAAGAUAUAAGUAUCAAGUCGUUUUAAAUGUAUUAUUAAUGACAAGAAUUCCAAUGGUGACAAUUUUCAGCUAGCAGGCAAGGUGUUUGUGAUCAAUAUAAUUAUAUAUUUUUUAAGAAGCCAGUCAUGUCCAAGAACAAGAGCAGUGAGUCAGUGAAGGUGGUUGUUCGAUGUCGACCUCUGAACCGGAAAGAGGAGUCCAAUGGGCCCUCGGGGAGCAUUGUGCAGAUGGACCUACGGCUUGGACAGGUGAUCCUUAGGAAUCCUCGAGCGUCACACAGUGAACCCAGGAAAACGUUCACAUUCGAUGCUGUCUAUGAUGCCAAUUCCAAACAACGGGAUCUGUACGACGAAAGCGUUAGGCCUCUGAUUGACUCUGUUCUGGCAGGAUUCAAUGGUACCAUUUUUGCUUAUGGACAGACUGGAACUGGAAAGACGUACACCAUGCAAGGGUUGUGGUUGGACCCCGAGAAACGGGGGGUGAUACCCAACGCUUUUGAUCACAUCUUUACACAUAUCUCCCGCUCGCAGUCUGAUAAGCAGUACCUGGUACGGGCGUCCUACCUGGAGAUCUAUCGCGAGGAGGUCCGGGAUCUCCUGGAUCCCAACCAUGGCAACGCCCGAGGACUGGAGCUAAGAGAGAGUCCAGAGACGGGAGUCUACGUACCAGAUCUCACCUCUUGUGUCUGCAAGAGCAUCAAGGAGAUAGAAGAGGUGAUGAACGUGGGCAACCAAGCGAGAGCAGUGGGGGCCACCGACAUGAACGAACAUUCGUCCAGGUCUCACGCCCUGUUCCUGAUCACGGUGGAGUGUGGCCAGCCGGGUCCAGAUGGGAGAAAGCAUAUCCGGGUUGGUCGCCUCAACCUAGUGGAUCUGGCUGGUAGUGAGCGCCAGGCUAAGACAGGCGUCCAAGGGGAACGUUUAAAAGAAGCUGCAAAGAUAAACCUUUCUCUGUCUGCAUUGGGGAACGUGAUAUCAGCGCUCGCGGAUGGGCGUAGUGGCCAUGUGCCGUACCGGGACUCAAAGCUGACCCGUCUAUUGCAGGACUCACUAGGUGGGAACGCCAAGACUGUCAUGGUUGCCACUCUAGGCCCCUCUUCCCAACACUAUGACGAAACCCUCACCACCCUCCGCUACGCCAACCGAGCCAAGAACAUUCAAAACCAGCCUAGAGUCAACGAGGACCCCAAAGACGCACUCCUCCGAGAGUUCCAGAGUGAAAUUGCUCGGCUUCGGGCCCAGCUCAACCACAGGAAGUGGAGGAGCCAGCAGAAGAAGGAGCAGGUGGACGGCGAGGGAGAUGAAGACGCCGAGUGUGAAGAGGAGGUGGAGAAGGAGGCAGAGGACUACGUGAAGCAAGAGGAACAGCGCCUGGAGAGGGAGAAGGAGGCCAUCAGAGGUGAUAGAUCCCUGAUGGCUGAGGAAAAGCACAGGCUUCUUGGGGAGAAGGAGAGGAUGAUGGGAGAUCUCCGGAAGGAGCAGGAAGCCAACGAGCAGCUGACUGCCAAGUACAAGGCAAUGGAGAGCAAGCUGCUGGUCGGUGGAAAGAACAUCAUAGAUCACACCAAUGAGCAGCAGAAGAUGUUAGAGGGGAAAAGACACGAGAUAGCUGAGCAGACACGCAGAGAGAGGGAGAUGCAGCAGCAGAUGUUGGUGCAGGACGACGAGACGCUGGAGCUGAGGGAUACUUUUACUUCUCUGCAGCAAGAGGUCGAGGCAAAGACCAAGAAACUCAAAAAGUUGUAUGCCAAGCUUCAGUGCAUCAAAGCUGAGAUCCAGGAUGUGAAUGAUGAACACGUGAGGAGCCGCCAGGAGCUGGAGCAGACGCAGAAUGAACUCACCAGAGAGCUCAAGUUCAAGUAUCUGAUCAUCGAGAACUUCAUCCCUCCGGAAGAGAAGAAUAAGAUCAUGAGCAGAAUGACCUUUGACACCGAAGAGGACCAAUGGAAGUUUCAGCCUCUCGUUCCCACCGAGAGUAAACCUUUACAGAUGAAGAAACGGCCGACAUCAGCGGUGGGAUACAAACGACCCCUCAGCCAGUACGCCAGGGUUGCCAUAACGAUGGGGGUUAAUACCAGAUUCAGGGCGGAGAACAUCAUGUUUCUGGAGCUGGACAUGAACCCUCCAAACACCAACUCCCUGGGUCGCCUAAAGGAGACGGAGGGGAACCAAAGCUCCUCCGUGGACAGCUCGCCUACCAAUGAUGGAGGGCUACACAAAUCUCGCUCCUGGUGUCAAAGCCAAAAAUCUAUCACUUCUUCCUCCUCUAAUGUUUCCCUGACUUCUUGCACUACGGCUGUGCCCGCAGCAGCGCAAUGAAGAUAUAUUUUUUUCAACCCCUUAUUUAUUUUAAUGCAAUUUUGGUGCUGGGACGGUCAACACAAAAUAUGAACUCUUUCAUCUUUUUUGCGGGAAACUAAAGGACCUUACAAAAACGUAUCAUUCCGUUGCAUGUGAUCAAGUCUCUUAAUGUUUCGAUAAAUGACGUGUGUGUGUGCGUGUCACCAAAGUGGCUUUUAACCUGUGUAUGAUAUCUGUGUACAUAUUUCAUGUGUUUGUGUCUUCUAGGGUAAAACGAAAUGCCAUCAUGCAUUCCUUCAAAGGGUUAACGUCCUGUUUGUGUUGCGCAGUAGGAAACGUGUUGUGUUCAGUGGCAGCUAAUUUGGAAACCAUGGUCACAAUGUCGACCGUAUUGACCCCAAUGUGAGACAACUCUUCUCUUUCAAAACCUGUUUUUGGGGAAAAAAAAUGGACAAAAUUUGAACAUCAAAUGACACAAUUUUUCAUGAACCCCACUUCAUUAAUCAUUAUUAGCCUAAAAUUAGCAUCAUAACUCUAUCUCUGUUGUUUGCUAACUUGUCCGACCUUUGAGACUCUCUUUUUCACGGGUUUCUGUCACUGGUGAUGACUGUGAGUGACAGGAAGUAAAGCUCUGACUUGCUCGG